AUGGCGGAUAGUACUUCGAGUGAAAGCAGUCCUAUUUCGGGGUCUUAUUAUUCGGAUUUUGAGGCCUCGAUGGAAAGUGAACAUGAUGAAAGGGUUUAUGAAUCCGUUGGUGAAAUCAGGCCCAGCCAAUAUGAACCGCCAGGACGAAUGUAACCUAAAAUAGAAGGCGGGGGUCAGAAGAGGAUCAAGAGCCCGUGCGCCGCGGCCGCCUCAAUCGAGAAAGCAAGAAUGGUGAGUGCAUUUGCGAUUGUAAAAAAGAUCUGAAAAUCAGUUGCUUUUCAAUUAUAGGAGCGAUCAAUUAAAGAAACCAAGUGUGUAGACUCUUGAAUACCGUGAGAGUGAAAUGUUUUUAUGCUACACGCACGCACCUUCCGAAGCUAAGGUUUCACUGACUAAAAAUACAAACAUACACGCUUGUGGAGGUGAAUUGGAUGGAUUAUACACGUUCACACGCGAUUGAAUCGGUUUCAAGUUUUCCUGUGUUGAAUUUGGCGAACGAUUGAAGAUUUCUCGGCUUUUACUUUAAAACACGAUGCAGCAUUCGCACAUGAAGAAUUGUAAAUAAAGUAAAGUAGCCUUAAGUUUGAGUUAUCUCUCACGUUUUUAACAGUUACAGAGCUGAUAACUGUUCCUUUUGGUGAAACCAAUCAUGCAAGUUGUGCUCUCUAUUUCUUCUGUUCAACAUCGUGAAAAAAAUUGCUAAUUUACUGAUUUUUUUAAUUACAAGGUGUUAGUGUGGAAACUGCCAAUCAAUGUGGAGGAAGGAACAAAACAUCAUUUGCCGAGAAACAGAUGUGGUCAAAAAUAAAAAUUUGCAGGAUGUUACAGUGGAACAGUUGCAGGCAGAAGCCAGAUGUAUUGUCCAGCAUCCAGGGUUUGAGGAAACUGGUGGAGGCUGA